UAGGAUUGCGUAAUUUAGGGCCUCAUGGUCUCGUUCCUGUCCUGCCGCAUCGACGCCGCUGCUGCACCACUCAGCAGAAGGCCUGCUCAGCUUUCGCCAUGGAUAUGGAUCAAUCGCCGCUGCUGACGCUGCCCGACGAGGUGGUGCUGGCGGUGCUGGCCUGCCUGCCGCCGGGCGACGUCUUGAGCUGCAGCGUGCUGUGCCGCCGCCUCCGCGGCCUCUGCAGGGACCCGGAGCUGUGGCGCCGCCUUGCAGUGCAACCGAGUGCGGACCGGUGGUGGCGCGCCGCCCUCCGGUUCGCGCCCUGCCUCCGCGAGCUGGACCUGACUGCGCCGUACCCGACCACCGAGGCCCUGCAGGCCGUGUCUACCGCCAUGUCUAGCUCUGCGUGCGUCGUCGCCAAGCUCACGUUGGAUGUGAGGGAAGACCUCAGUGGGGCCCUGACAGCGGCUCUAGUGCAGAAGACCGCUGCUCUCGGCGGCCUAAAUACGGUCCACCUAUUGAUUUGGGAGAGUUACGAGAACAAUGACAUUUGGGAUGUCAGCAUGCUGUUCACGGCGGUGCACGAAGUGCCAGAGCUACGUGAACUGAUAAUCGAAAACACCAUCGUGGCAAGCGAUGAUUGGCUGGAAUGUUCCGCCUUUGAGGGGAGCGCGUCCCUCAGGAAGCUCACCUACUCCUCAUUGGAGGACAGCGACAGCCCCUUCCUAUUGGAACGGCUGCUCAAGAGGCACGCCUCGUCUCUGGAACACGUGCGUCUCUACAUUGGGUUCGCGCCGGUUCCCGUGUCCCUCUUGGCUGCCAUACCCGGGCUGCGCUCUCUGACCUGCGCUCUCAGCCAGUACGAUGACCUGUCCGAGCUGAAGACCUCGCGAGGCCUCAACACUCUCGUUCUGCUCGGCCGCAACGGGCCUUUACCGUUUCCCGCGGGGGCCCUGGCCUUCCUCCGCGCGGCGCCGCAGCUGCGCUCCGUGGCGCUUCCCAGCUCGCGGCCGAGCCCCGCCGCCCCGCUGGGCGCGCUGGCCGAGUCGCCUUCUGCCAGCGUCCUGGAGACCCUCGACCUGCGGGGCUACGAAGCGGACCUGAGCGAGGUGGCCGCGGCGCUGAGUCGGUUCCCGGCCCUGCGGACCCUCGCCCUGGACGUCCACAAGUACCAGACCGACAACUUCCUGCCGGCGGUGAGCCCCGCCACCGCCCCUCGCCUCACCACGCUGGAGAUGCGCGUGCCUCUGGGCGCGUGCCCCCACGCCUGGCUCCACGACUUUGCCCAGGACGCCCUGGAGAGGAACCCCCGCCUCCACCUCCGCACGUGGUUCGGCACCUGCCCGGACAAGGCGAAGCAGUGUGGCUGGUGCCGCUUGGGCUGCCACUCCAGACUGGGCUCUAUCGAGAGGACGGCCUUCGCAGCGCACGCCAAGACGACCGGUUGCCCUGGAGACUGCUUCAGGUGGUGCUGAGCUGUUGCACUGCAUUUUCCUUUGGCCAACGCACGGCUUGUAAUCACCUGUGUAGUAAUAGUUAAUGUAGAUUUCCGUUGUCUUUAUGUGAUGUGCUUUCUAGAACUUUAAUCAUGUACGUAUUCUUAGCUGUUUUAACUUCAGAUUGGUUUUGUCAUUGUAUUGUUUAAGCAGGUUGUCCAAAUGCCGCCUCGUAUUAUUUACACGCUGUUUUAAAUUGUGCUUGUUACAAAAUUUAGACCGGAAUGAGAUUCAAAUUAUAUAUGUUACUGUCAAAAUGAAUGAUGUUUGGUAUCCUUUCUGACACCCAUUGAGAAAAUUCCCACAGUUCUGAAGAAGAAAAGAUGAUACACAAUGUGCUCAACAAGAGCAUAAAGGGAUCCCUGCGUAACAUAGAGGUAGAAAGCUUUGCAUAAGUACUUUCACACGCAUUCCAGGAAUGUGACGUCACGUUCAAACGAAUGUGACUACAUGCUCGAAGGAGAGUGACAU